GCUAUACUCUUCUAGGAAAUCUAUCACUAUGCCUUCCCUGCCGUUAGUCAGGUACGCUCGUCUCGAAGACGUUUCCCUCAUUUUGCGAUUUAUUCGGGAAGCAGCAGAAGAACAGGCCCCUGGGGCUAAGGUAGCCGCAACUGAGGACAGUCUCGCCAAGACACUGCACUUCGGGCCGCCCUCAGAAUCAAGGACAGAAACAGGCACUCGGUUUGCAUGGGCGCUGCUCAUCUUUUCCCCGGACGAACAUCCUGCUGGGCUGUUGAUUUAUUAUCAUAAUUACUCAACAUGGAUGGCCGCGCCGGGUGUCUGUUUGGAGGAAUUGUAUGUUGUAUCGGAAUAUCGGCGUCUAGGCUAUGCACAAAUCCUGAUUGAGACCAUGGCAUCUGCAGCGGAAGCAGCAGGCUGUAUUAAAAUGGACUGGGUCUGCCUUUUGGAUAACAAGAGAGCACUUAAAUUCUAUGAAAAGCUGGAGGCAAAACGGAUGGAGGAUUGGGUCGUCUUAAAGGUUGACAAAGCCAGCACGGAAAAGCUCGCUGCUAGAGGGAAGCAGUCUGUUCUGUGUCCUGAAAUAAAUGGCACGAAUAUCUGAUAGCGGACGAACAGACUAAAACCCAUCAUGUAUCAUAAAAUCUGUAAGAUCGACGACAUUUUGUAUCUCAGAGUAUGGGCCAGUAGCCUGGGUAAACAAUAGUUCGACAUCUGGACAACAUCUGGCUCGACCACUUACAACUCCU